AUGGGUGACGACGAUCAGAAGAAGAAGAGGACCUUCAAGAAGUAUUCUUUCCGCGGGAUCGAUCUCGACAAGCUGCUUGACCUGAGCAACCAGGAGCUGAUGGAGCUCUUCCGCGCGCGGCAGCGGAGGAAGUUCAGCCGCGGCAUCAAGCGCAAGCCAAUCGCCCUCCUGAAGAAGCUGCGUAAGGCUAAGCGUGAGACCGCCUACGGCGAGAAGCCUGAGGCCGUCAAGACUCACCUGCGGAACAUGGUAAUUGUGCCGGAGAUGAUAGGGAGCGUCGUGGGCGUCUACAACGGCAAGCAGUACAUCAACGUGGAGGUCAAGCCCGAGGCCAUCGGGCACUACCUGGGGGAGUUCUCCAUCACGUACAAACCCACGAAGCACGGCCGCGCGGGCAUGGGCGGCAAGAUGAGCUUCAUCCCCCUGAAGUGA